AUGUUGGCUAUUAGCUUUGGUAUUGUGGUAGCUUUGGCUACAAUAUUUACAUGCCAUUGGAUUAAAAAAUGGAGGAAUCCAAAGUGUCCGAACAAUGGAACCCUUCCUCCCGGCUCCAUGGGCUUCCCUAUUAUCGGGGAAACCCUUAAUUUGCUCGUCCCGAGUCACUCCAUUGACGUCCACUCCUUUGUAAAAAAGAGAAUCAACAAAUAUGGUUCGAUUUUCAAGACAAACUUGGCUAACCGGCCCAUUGUGGUUUCGUCUGACCCUGAGGUCAACCAAUUCAUCCUCCAACAAGAGGGUGGCUCGGUCGAGCUCUACUACAUGGACAACUUCUCUAAGUUGUUCGGACAAUCCGAUGAUCCUAGGGCUAGGAUUAACCCUGUUGGUUCGAUUCAUAGAUAUGUAAGGAGUUUAAAUCUUUCCAACUUUGGUAUUGAAGUCCUAAAAAACGGUCUAGUUCCCCAACUCCAUCGCAAUAUUCAUAGGAGACUUCGUGAUUGGACACUUUCUCCAUCUCUCGAAAUCAAAAAGUCUAUCUCAUCGAUGAUAUUUGACAUUGUAGCCAAUCAUAUGUUUGGAUAUGACUAUGAUAAUUCCUCCAAUGAUAUAAGUGACAAAUUGACUUGCAUAAUUAAGGCUAUAGCCUCCUUCCCUUUGAACUUCCCUGGCACAACCCUCUACAAAUCCUUAAAGGCGAAAAAUAACCUGAAAGACAUGAUAAAAGACGAGAUAAAUCGUAGGUGUCGAAAUCAAACUUCCCCACGAGGAGACCUUCUCGAUCAAGCCAUAAAAGACAGCAAGGAAAAGAACGAUCUUAUGUUCUUAACGGAUGAUUUCAUUUCGCAUACCGUAUUCGGAUCACUAUUUGCGAGCUUCGAGUCAAUUUCAACGUUGUUGACUCUUUGUUUUAAAAUACUCUCCGAUUAUCCUUUAGUGUAUGAUCAACUCGCGAUAGAGCAUGAGGAAAUUGUUGAAAGAAGAGAGGAAGGUCAUAAAGAGGAUCCACUCUCUUGGGAUGAAUACAAAUCAUUGACAUACACAAUUUGGGUUAUUAAUGAAACUUUAAGACUGUCAAGUGUUUCCCCUGGCCUACUAAGAAGGACUACUAAAGAUAUUCAAGUAAAAGGUUAUACAAUUCCAGCAAAUUGGAUUGUCGUGAUAGCUGUUGCGUCACAACAUCUAAAUCCCGACACAUUUGAUGAUCCACUCGCAUUCAAUCCCUAUCGAUGGAAGAACAUUGAUGGAAAUGUUGUGUCAAAGAAUUUCAUGCCUUUUGGAAGAGGAAUAAGACAAUGUGCUGGUGCAGAGUUUAGCAAAGCAUUCAUGGCUACUUUCCUUCAUGUUUUAGUCACCAACUUUAAGUGGACAAAGACCAAGGGUGGUGAGAAUGUCAAGAGAACACCAUUACUCAACUUUGGAGAUGGCAUUCAUAUCAAGAUUUCUGAGAAAAAUAUAUAGAUGAACUUGUUUAAUAUUG